UACUCAGCUACUCCUGCCUAUAGACCCCUAUAAUGCAUUGCUUCCAUGCCGUUCCAUGCAUGAUGAGGGGAACUCUUGACAUUCGGAUCAAUAACGAGAGCAUGAGUACGAAAGCCAACGAACUUCCCAUCCAACUGAACCAGUUAUUUGCCGCCGCGAGAGCAGUUGAAACAGACAAUGCACGCUCGAGCUCCGAGUAUAUAUAGGUGGUGUGCUUCAAAAUCUGGUUGAUGUGAUGCACCCAUGUGGUGAACCGUGCUGUGAGAUACCAGUAGGAUACCUGCUGGCAACAGAUCUUUGGAGUUUAGACGGCUAUCACUUUCCAGAGUAAAAAGGUUGGUUCUCACGAAAGAUGCGCUUGCUAAUGAGAUACGCCCCUGGCUACACUAGGUUGCUCCUCGCCACUGUCCUCAUCUGCGCGCUCGGUUGCGCCCUUGGCCUCUUCGCCAUCAUUUCCUUCAGUAAGACACGACCGUGGCUCUCCUCAGAUGACAGAAAACGGACGUUGCAUUCGAUGAAACAGUCAGAAUCAAUAGCGGACCUAAAAAGAUUCGGUAUGACCAAGAAAGAGAAGGCAAUAGUUAUGGAUCUAUUGAAAAAGUUUCAUAUCGUUACAAGGCGAUUAGGAAUGGAAUAUUUCAUCUAUAGUGGGACGCUGUUAGGUUCAUGGCGUCAUCAUUCUAUGAUUCCAUGGGAUGAUGACGUAGACGUCAUCAUGAAUAUAUCUUGUCAAGCACGUCUUCUAGAUGUGUUAUCAAGACUCAAACCAAGAUACCAUGUUUUCGAUUCAUACCAAAUAAGAUUUAAAUUCUGGUCAGACCAGUCGAAAAGUUUAAGUCAAUAUCCCUGGAAAUGGCCAUAUUUAGAUAUACAGUUUUAUACGGGGAACGAGACUCAUAUAUGGGAUGUUGCGUCGGAGUUUGAAGACGUAAAAUACCCACGGAGUUCUGUCUUUCCACUUCAUAAACGGCCCUAUGAGAGCUGGUUCCUGCCCGCACCUCGUGAUACCUUAUCGGUGCUUCAACUGAAUUAUGCGGACACGCCCACAAUAUGCACGACGUGGUUCUAUAGUCACAAAAUCGAGGAAUCUUUAGAGGACGUAGUUGAAAUCCCAUGUGCUUCACUGAAAACCACCUACCCGUUCGUUCACAGACAGGUUGUAAAAGGCAAGAUGCAAGAAACACUGAAACUGGGAGAUAAGAUAAUUCACGUGAAAAAUGUGGAUGAACCUUUAAACAGUGUGUCUGAGCCCUAUGCUCUGAGAAGGAUAAGUCGGAGAGGUGAUGUGGGGUAGCAUAUCGUCCACAGGACAUCUUUACCAAAGAUGAAAGACAACGCAUAACGCUGUGGGCCUUUCUGUAAAUUCGGUCAAGAGCUGCAACCACAGUACACGUUGGUAUUGGUCGGACUGUUAUGCUUCCUUUAACUAACUCAUAACAUAAUAGAAAUACAUUGUACAUUUGUAUUUGAAUGAAAUUGUCAUUGCA